UAUGUUUAUGUAUAUUUUAUUGACUGCUUUUUCGGGGUUACUUUAGUUCAAUUUUUGACUGCUCUUAGAAUGGCAGCAUGGAUCAACACAUCACGCGUGCAAAGGACUGCGGGGAAUGAGGUUGACAGCGGACAGCAAGGCUUAUAAAUAAAGCGCCCACAGCUGUAGGCUAGUGUGUAGUCUCUGCUUUUAAUCUACCGGCGAGGAACGCGAUACGGACGAGCCCAUUCUCGUACCUACAUUCGUAUAUUAGUCAGUGAUUUUUUUUUUGCAGCAGAAAAACCGGUCGAGGGAGGUGGACGGGUGCGAUACUCUGCUAGUUGCGUAGCAGUCUAGCCACACAUUCUUAUAGACGUACACAAAUACACACACGGGCUACUGCUGCGCUUGCCAGGAUCUCAAUGAGGGGGGAAUGACCGAGAGUGACCUCAAAGGACACGCUAUGUUUUAGCAAGUCUUUGCAUUUUAAAACUCAGACGGCUUUUCAGUUAAAAUGAGGGCAAACACUUUGUUUUGCGUUUUAGCGUAAGUACGGCAUUCGCUGCUCGCGCGGCGGACUUACAAGCCUGUCAGCGGGGCUAGUGUUAGCCAGCUAAGCUAAACUAGCUAAAGCCUACACCGGCUGUUUCCCGCAGAUGCUAGGCUAGGCUAGCGCUGCCAUGGAUAAAGCGAAGUCAUUGGUGGACAAGAAGGGAGCGUCGGGACCUUUUCAUGUCAGCAACGUACAGAGUCCAAGAGGGUUGAACGGCCUCGUCGUGGUAGCCGCUAAUGGCAGCUGCUCCACCAGCAAUGCAUUCGGUUUAAGCACAGGACCAGGCAGCAGCAGCAGCACAUUUGAAAUGCAUCACUUGCAGCGUGGGAAGGAGGACUGCAACGGGUCCCCGGCGAAGAGAAGCCGGUUGCGAAGGAGGACGGAGUCGGUGAAGCGGAACAGACCUCCUUUCCCCUGGUUUGGAAUGGACAUCGGUGGCACCUUGGUUAAGCUGGUGUACUUUGAGCCAGUUGACAUUACUGCAGAAGAAGAACAAGAAGAAGUUGAAAACCUCAAAUCUAUCCGCCGCUACCUCACCUCAAACGUGGCCUAUGGUAAAACAGGUGUCCGCGACGUCCACCUGGAACUGAGGAACCUGACCAUGUGUGGCCGGACAGGAAACCUGCACUUUAUCCGCUUCCCGACCCAGGCCAUGCCCCGGUUCAUCCAGAUGGGACAAGACAAGAACUUCUCCAGCCUGCACACCACGCUGUGCGCCACGGGAGGCGGCGCCUACAAGUUUGAGAAUGACUUCAGAACAAUGGCUGACCUGGAGCUGCUGAAGCUGGAUGAGCUGGACUGCCUCAUCCGUGGCCUGCUGUUCAUCGAUCGGGUCGGUUUCAACGGACACCCGGAGUGCUACUACUUCCAGAACCCUUCAGACCCCGAGAGCUGCGUGAAAAAGCCCUGCAACCUGGACAACCACUUCCCAAUGCUGCUGGUCAACAUCGGCUCCGGGGUCUCCAUACUGGCGGUCUACUCAGAGAACAACUACAAACGGGUAACCGGGACGAGUCUGGGAGGUGGAACGUUCCUCGGCCUCUGCUGCCUCCUGACGGGCUGCGAGACGUUCGAGGAGGCGCUAGAAAUGGCCAGCAAGGGCGACUCCACAAACGUGGACAAGCUGGUGAAAGACAUCUACGGCGGGGACUACGAGCGCUUCGGCCUGCAGGGCUCGGCCGUCGCCUCCAGUUUUGGUCACAUGAUGUGCAAAGAGAAGCGAGACAGCAUCAGGAAGGAAGACCUGGCCAGAGCCACACUUAUCACCAUCACCAAUAACAUAGGAUCUAUAGCACGCAUGUGUGCUGUCAACGAGAAAAUUGAGCGGGUUGUGUUUGUUGGGAACUUCCUUCGGAUCAACACCCUGUCCACAAAGCUGCUAGCUUACGCCAUGGACUUCUGGUCAAAAGGGCAGCUACGAGCCCUCUUUCUGGAGCAUGAGGGUUACUUCGGAGCGGUCGGAGCGCUGAUGGAGCUGCUGAAGACGUCGGAGGACCUGUGAAGGAAGUGCGCCGGCCUCUCCCGUUGGCGCCGCGACGUCCUUCGACUCUAAAUGCUGUGACGUCAUUGUUGGCAGAUGACACUACUGAAAGGUCCUCAUCACAGACCUCUAAAGGAACACUAAGAGAGACUCAAGACGCCGAGAAAAAGCCAUUUUAAUAAUUUAACUCUUGUAAAUAAUGAUAGCCUCUAACAAUUGUUCCCAGAGCUCCUUCUAUCAUAGAGUUUUAAUGAUGUGAUCUUUUAAUUUAUGGGUUCCUGUUGGUCCCUGUGAUCAGGAACCACAGAGACAGAGUAUUUUAGUAAGCUGGGCUUUUACUGGGACGGGGCGGGUUGUGUUUGUGUGUCUAGCUACUGUAGCAUUACAUCCUGGGGGACAGAAGUACAUCGGGUGACUAUUUUUGCAGCUUCUGUUCAGAAGAGGAUGUCUGCACACAAAAGAAGUCACUCUUCACCGAGCAACCCUUUUUUUGUUUUUUUUGUUUUCCUUUUUCUUUUCAACCACACAUGGCUCAAGGAAGUAGGUUUGCUCACCUGUUUUGUUGCUCAAAGAGUCGCCCACCAUGCUACUGUCUUCGAAGGAGUGCACUGAAGCCAAAUCCUGUUGAGAUUCAUCUGCAACCUUCUCGUCUAACGGAAAGCAGAUAAGCUGCUUUUUUUGGGGUGUUUUUUUUUUUUUUUCCUCUGUUGUUGUUUUGCCCUGCUGCACAUGGCCUUUGCUUUCUUUGUUCGUCCUUUCUCCGUCUGCCUACUCGCAAGCAAAACUGCAACUGUCGUAUUGCCAAGCACGCAUUAACCAGCCUCACGAGUUCAGUCCUCGGUGACGGGACCAAAGAUUUGUUUUCUUAUAAAUGAUUUCUUUUUUUUCCCCCCUCAUUUUCCUCAACCUCUGUCUUUUCUCCAUCUGUUUUUUUUGGGGGUUUUUUUUAUUCUUAAAAGAAAUCUUCCUGCUGACUUGGAUGUACUCGUUAGGAGUCCAUCACUUGCAACAGAAUGGAAACAGUAAGGAUCAAAAUGUUUUCUACACUGCAAAAAAACACAAAGUCUUUGGAAGUAUUUUUGGUCUAGUUUCUGGUACACUUGAAAUAAGAUGAAACUAACUUACGGCUAACUUUUCAGCACAAUGUAGGAGCUUGUUUUAAGUCAGCAAUUUCUUAAAAUUGAUGGAGAAAGUACCAACUACAAGUGAAAUAAUCCGCCAGCGGAACAGGAUAUUUGAGCUUAUGUGUGUAAAACGUAAAAGUUACUUGCAGGUUUUUCCAAAUGUACCAAGAUAUUUGCACUAGAAAUUAGAUAAAAAAAAUACUUAAGAUUUAGUGUGACCUACGUCCCAUUGGCAGAGGAGGGGAAAAAAAUGGUGCAAGUUCAUCUCAAUUGAUGGGUUUUAAUUAAUUUGUUGAAAUUUUAUCCUUCCCCACCCCCUGACCAGUUUCAGGUAUUCAAAUAUAACAUGAGAUAUUCAGUAUUGAUCUUUAACACUUGAAUAUUACAGUUUUCAUAGAACUAAUGUAAAAAAAAAAAAUCUACUUAUGGUAUUUUAAUAUAGACAAAAGCAAAAGGUUGUAAUAAAACAGUUAACUUUAGUGCCAGGGUUGAAAUGCUGAUUGCACAUAUUGUCAUUUUUUAGCAAGUCAAACAAACAGGUAUCGUCCAGCUGCUGGCCUUUAGUUUCCACCCAAUGACAGCUUUUGUUUUUGCCAUUUCUGUGUUUGUAACCAGGCAUAUCAUGCAAAAUUUUAUUUCAUUUUUUGUUGGCACGUAAAACCUUUAGCGUAUGUUGGUACUUGUAGCCCAGGCAACCUUCAAACUUUCCUCUGGAAUGAAGUCAAAACCCAAAAUCUUACCAAGUUCUUUUGGUCCAGAUUCUAGUGCAAAUAUCCUAAUACACAUGAAAUAAGACGAAACUAAAUUACAAGUAACUGUUCAAUAAAAUACAGGAGCUUGUUUUAAGUCAGUAAUUGAUUAAGAAGUACUAGUUAUGAAUCUACCAGUGGAAGUAGUACUUUUUAAAAAAUUUAUAUAAAGGAAUUAUUGACUUUUAUCAAGCUCUUAUAUUAUGCUGAAAUGUUACUUGUAAGUUAGUUUUGUUUUAUUGCAAGUGGACUAAGAUAUUUGCACUAGAAUAUAUAUAUAUACCUGCUGGAAUAUAUAAAAUAUUCCAGCAGGACUCGGAGCUGCAUUCGCCUGCAGACUGAAUCAGCUCCUACGAGGAUAUUAGUUUACAGAAGCUGGUCUCAUAUUUUAUAAGUCGCCAGAUCUUUUGGGAAACAGAAAGAUCACAAAUGUAUUUUGUCCUGCAACGCCCCGGAGAUGCUGCCGGCAACCUUCACAUUCUGACCUUUUAAAGCCUCCUGUCUCUUAAAACGGCAGCACUGUAAAUCACUGUACUUUCCAGAUUUUUCUUUAGUCAAAACAGUUUACAUAAAAUUGAUUUAUGAUUCAUAAAAUUCAUCACUACUGCUACCUGAUCCACAUCAUCUAUUAAUGAGCUCCUCGUUAGCUGACCAAGUACUCCAGAGGUCCUGUUGACCAGAAAUGAGUGACUGCCGUUAUCUAACACAGACUAGGACUACACUUUGACCCCCCCUCCCUUCCCUCCCAUGCUACAUAACAUGUUUGCUGCUUUGCUGUCCUUAUUUUUCUUUUCCCAUGUGCGCUGUUGCUUUCAGCUGUUUUUUUUUCUUUUUGGUUUAUUUGUUUGUUUUCAACUCAAACGCCUGCAGCGUACAAUACGAGAAAGGGAAACGGGCGUCGACGGCGACCCGUUGCAUUCAAGACUCUAAGCGCCUUCACUUAUGCAAGCGUUCACGGAGAGGCUGCUGUGAAACACUUUCGGUGUUUAAUUCGUACUUUAAAGAGGUGAUGUUUUUGGAAUCACCCGACGCUGAACCAUCAAUCCUGCUGUGAUGACGCUGCAAACCAACAUCGCUCUGUUCCCCCUUUGUUUGCCUUGUUCCAACUUGGAUAAUGAUGAUGACCUCAGUGCAUCAGGUGCCAGUUUUCUUUACGAUCAACCCAGGGGUUGGUCACCAUGUGUACCACCUGUUUUUGUUUUUUUCCCUAAACUGGAAAAAAACCCAUAAUAUGUGUUGCCUUUCCUAAACGUCUGCCUGGUUUCACUUUGUUCGUGCCCUUUAGCUUCUUUUCUUUUAAAGUUCAAAAAAGUGUUUUUGUUUUGCCUUCAUUCUUUUUGUGUCUUUUUUUUUUCUUCUUCUUCUUUUUUGGGGCGGGUGUUAUUGAUUAAAGAGUGGAGUUGGUCACAUUUAGAGGGAUGCUAGUUAUUUUCCCCCUUCGCCAUUUCAUACCUUUGUACUUUUCGGCAUUUCAUAGCUAACGGUUUUGAGUGCGAUAUAAAGCCGUUUUUUUUUUUUUUUUUUUUUUAUUAUUUUAUUUUUUCUUGGACAUUUCACACCAACCGCGCUUCAGAUCGUACCUGGCAACGAAAUCUGUGGCGCGCACACUUUUGACGACCACUGAUUUAGAGUGACUUGCAUCGUUCAACGUAACCCGACCAGAUCGCAGCCCGUUUGCUUUCAGAGCGUGAGGCCGGAAUAGCAGAACCAAAUAGGCGUGGCUUAAAAGUUUCAGCAGUCACCUCAGCUUAACUGAGUCGUAAUCUGUCCAAAUUUAUUCAAGUUUGUGAAUAAUAAUUAAUGAAUAUUAUGUGGGAAGUUGCUCAAUUAUUUUUGAUUUGAUCAAGGUUAAUAAUCUUUUACAUUUUAGAAAAUAACCAGUUUUUUUUGUUUGUUUCUUUUUACUAUUUGGCUGUUCCUUAAUGUAUCUAACCUCAAUAAAAAGUGAUCAACAAAGGUUUGCUCAUGUUGGCAUUAGAUGUUUUGUUUACGAAGUCGGGAUAAAGGUACGAGGAAAACCAAGAAUUACCAACCGAAGUUGUCUUGGUAGAAAUUCGGUUAGGUGCAAUGUGCUCUAAACUUAAAAAAAAAUCUAAAAUAAUUAUAUAACCAUACAUAAUAGACAGGAGUAAAAUGUACUUGAGAACAUUAUACAAGGCACGAGCUUUCAUUCUUCUUAACAAUUCUUUUUUGUAUUUGUUGUUUGAUUUUUCUUUUUUUUUUUAAAAAAAGGAGAAGAAAUCUUACCCCUGUCCUUUUUAUUUUUUCUUUAUUUUUUAUUUUUUUGGUUGGCAUCAUAGAACCAAGUGUGGCUGCUGUGAAACCCUAUCUGGUUAUUGUACAGAGACGUUAAUCAAACACCUUCCCAUGUGCUGUGAAGUUUCCUGGAAAGUGUCUCAUUUGAAUCUCUGUUGUCCCUGAACGCAUCGUCCCGAACGGUUAAUUAUGCGCUACCUUUACUGCUCCUCAUCCGCCUUUGCCUUGAUGUCACAUUGCAACAUGUAGUUAUUUUGAGGAGAUGUGCUCUCUAUAUGAUAAAGAUGUUAUUUUUACUUCCAGCCUCCUUAAUGAUUGUACAAAAGUUGUGAUUUUGAUAUCGGUCUAAAUCAGUCCCGAGUCUGUGUAAAAGAUGUUGAGAAUCCCUGACAGUUUUGGGGGGGGAUGUAAGUGUAGUAAUGCAUCUUGAAUAAUGUCUGUGGUGUAAUUUUAAAGGUUUCUUAUUGUGGAGCUUGGGGUCCAUUUCCAGCCGGGACCACUUCUUGGUAAAAAAUAAAUAAAUAAAAUAAGGAAGCGUCAGCCUGAGCUGCAAACCAUCAGCAAAGGAGAAAUCUAAACUAAAAAGCUAUGCAGUAACUAACUCGUCUGUUAGAUCUCUUCUUUAGCAAACAGAGUUGUCUUGCUUGUAAAUACUAAUUCUUUUGUUUGUUUGUUUUUUUGUUUUAAAUAUGCAAAGCAGUUGGUGUUUCCUCUCUGUGAAAUCCUGCGUGAACCUCGAUGGUUUCUGUCCUGCUGAUUCUUUCGCUCGUUGGAUGUUGUGGAACCAGUUAUGCAAAGACGAGUUCUCGCACAAAGUUCAACAGGUUCAAGUUACUUCUGGAACAUUAAAGUCACGACAAAGAAAAAAAAAAAAAAACAACCGCAGAUCUUUGUAGAUCAAAUCGAUUUAAAGUGGUGAAGGGAAGAAAUCUUAGACAGUUUUUUUUUUUUUUGUAUUUACUCGUUUUGCCCGUCUCCCGUUUCCUCCGGCGUUUUCCUAACGUGGUCAAACAUCCUGUUGCUUCAGCAUAUCCAGCCUUUAAACUGUCCUUUCUGAGUGCUCCACUGGCAGGACGGACCUGAUCACCUUUCUGUAUCUGAUUGUACAGAGAUUUGUACAUAAUAAUAUAAAAAAAAAUAAUGAUAAUAAUCUGACUCAUUACAACACCAGCAAUCUGUCUGUCGAUAAAGCGGUUUUAAGUGUUCAGAGCCUGGCUUUCCCAAGGGCAACUCGGCACUUUUGUUUCGAAAUCCAAAACGCAGACGGAACAGGCAUCGAACGAACGACAACAAAAAGUUUCGAAAAGCUGUGAAUAAAUCCAGCAGCUGAUAAAAACACCUACAUAAUACUUAUGUGGGUGUUCGUCUCUCAUUGGUGUGUUUUCUGUGCACUUAACGGUUGUUUACAUUCGUGUUCUGAGGAUUUUAAACUCCACUGACGGACCGCGAGCCGUAACGUCUAAUCGGACUUUUCCUUUGAGCUGUCGGGGUGUUUUCCUCUGUUGGGAUGCCUCUUGCUUUCUGUCUGCUGGAUUUCGGUGCCAGUUGUUCACCUCGGCCCUCCGGAGGCCUGGGGAAAGUUUGGGAGACCCAGUGCUGGUUGUUGGGAGUCGGUUCCGCUGCUGCUUUUACCUUUUGUUUUAAGAAUGAUAAUAAACAAAAAGAUUUGAUCGGGAGGGGAUAAACGACGGUUUAAAAAGAAGAGGCUCCUUGCCUUUGUGCAAUGUGUAUGUACUGAUGUGAAGAGAUUUUUUUUUCUUCUUUUUUCUAACAAAGAAUUAAACUAAAACUGGAUUUGAA